GUGUGAACCGUCGCCCAACGGGCCUGUCCGUCCAGGCACAGCAGCAGCCUGGACCCUACAGCCAGCCACGCCACGCCCCCCUCCUAGCGAAUCUGAUUGCUAAACAUGGAAGACGUCCCGUACUUACGCAAGCCACUCCCAGUAAGCAGGCUUAGGCUUUGCACAAAAAAGGGACCCUGGAUCCACCACGGCAACGGAGGAUGGCCCAAUACGUGCUACAGUGGUGGCCGUCCUGGGACCAGGGGUCGAAAGUGCGUGCCUUGGACCUCUCGCCGUCCCUACACUGGCGAGUUUUUAAUUGGUCCUUGGUGGUACCUUUUCGCCAAGGGAAGCUGCCCCCGUGGGAAAUGUGACGUACUAACACGGUGUACGGUGCAGACACAUCUGAUACGGACGGCGAUUCGGGCAAAGUCCGAAGUUUCGAGUUGA